AUCACCGACUCGAUGGACAUGAGUUUGGGUGAGCUCCGGGAGUUGGUGAUGGACAGGGAGGCCUGGCGUGCUGCGAUUCAUGGAGUUGCAAAGAGUUGGACACGACUGAGCAACUGAACUGACCGAAAGAAUCCUCAUCUGAGUCUAUAACGUCAUCAGUGUUUUACAAUGUUAAGCUUUACUGUUAUUCAGCUCUGGUGAGAUCAAUGGCUCAGAAGAUAUUAUCAUUAAAAAGAUAGUUUGUUACUUACAGUUCCCCAAAUUGGGGCAGGCCACCCAUGGAAGCACCAGGGGCCAGUCAGGUGGUAGAAGGAUCAAGGAGAAAACAUGGGCAAGAGGUUUUUUGUGGUUUCCCUGAGAAAGAACUGGCGAGACAAGAUAAGCAGACUUACGAUGGGCUCUGGGGUGCAGAGGCUGUCUCUAGUCUGACACCUGGCCCCAGGGUGACUGAUGGGGGCAAGGCAGUAAUGGUUCAGAGUGUGAGACCCCCAGCAAAGCAGGAAAGGAGGCCUUUGGUGUGUUCACAUCCUGGGUGGGCUGAUACGGAUGUGAAAAACAGUCACUAGGAAAAAGCCCUGGGAUGGCAGUCUCUCCAGGGUCAGCAAAGCCCCAGGUGUCAAAGCAUCAAAAUUAUAGAAAAUAAAAAGGCACAAUUAAUACAGUCAGAGUUUGUCAAGUGGUGUUUUUCUAUCACUCUCUUUACAUUUCUUAGCUGACAUUCCUCCGUUAAAAUUUUUAAAAGUUGGGACUUCCCUGGUGGUCCAAGGGUUAAGACUCCCUGCUCUCGGAAUCCUGGUUUGAUCCCUGGUUAAGGAACUAGAUCUAUUUAUCUAGAUAUAUUUUUAAAUUUUUAUUCUCAAAGAAUUUACCAAUUGCAGCUGUUGCCAGCCAGCAUACUGUUGCAAUCCAGUGACUCAUUGAUUUUCUCCAAGCUUAUGGAGGCCCCUAUUCUAGAUACUGGAGAUGGGAGAGGAACUAAAUAGUCAAGAAUCUCUUCAGUCCUGGAACCUACAAUCUAACAGUGGUGGGGUGGGGGACAGACAAUAAACAAGAAAUUAAUCAGUUCUCCUCUAUGUUAGAUGGUGGUAGGUGCUACAGAAGAAGGGAAUGCCGAGGAGGAGGACAGAAGUGUUGGAUGGGGUGGUACACCAGGAUAUAGAUGGACAGGGUGAUAGUGACGUCAAGACUCAAAGGAAUAAAGGGAAUGAGCCGAGUGACUAUCUGUGGGGAAAGUGUUCCAGAAGAAGAAACAGUAGGUACGAAGGCCCUGAGGCAGGUUUGAAGAAAAGCCAAGAGGCCCGCUGACAGGAGCAAAGUGAGCAAAGUUAUGAAAAGGGGACCCAGAUCAUGCAGGGUUUAGAUGGGAAGCCAGUGGGGUGUUUCAGUAGAUACUAACACCCCAAACAUCAGAACUGGCUUUCUGCUUAGACUGGCUUCAUUUCGAGACACCAGCUCAAGUCCAAAACACACACGUGUUAGUGGCCACACUAUCCCCUGCAUUCAUUCCCUGAAUAUUCUGUUCCAGGCACUGGAAUAUAAACAAGGGAAACAAAACAGCAUGGGGUCCCUGACCUCAUGGAGCCUAGAGUCAAGUAUGAGACGAGAGACCAUAAAAUUAUCUUGCAGACAAGCAUCAAAUGCAGAAGAGCCUCCAACCUAGUCUGGAGGUGGGGGAAGGCUCCCCUGAGGAGGUGACUCUUGAGCCGGAGUCUGAAGGGUGGAAAGAAUCAAGGAGUAUGGGAGAGGAGGGUGGUUCCAGGCAGAAGCAAUGAUGGGUGUGCAUUGCAGGGAGAUGGGGAAGGGCAGGCAGAGGCUGGAGUGUGUGGCUUUAAAGUUCUGUACCUAGGACUCCCGUGGGGGUCCAGUGGCUAAGACUCCACCUCCCAGUGCAGGGAGUCCAGGUUCGAUCCCUGGUCAGGGAACUAGAUCCCACGUGCUGCAACUAAGGCUGAAGAUCUCACAACUAAGACCCAGUGCAGCCAAAUAAAUAAUUUUUUCAAAAAUGAAGUUCUGUGCCUGUAGCUGAGAACAAGGUGAGAUGCUAAGCGGGAGGGUGGCUACUCAGGGCUUGGAAGGAUGUACUUAGACAGCAGGAGACAUUAUAGUCUGGGAAAGCCGAGGGGCUGGUGUGGACCCUGCGGGGGUGGGAGGACUAGACUGAUGCAGAGGACGCCGGGGGCAAAAUUGUCAGGACUCAUGACCUAAUGGAUAGGACACAGGGAGGGGGAGAAGGACAGCACCUGUUUGGCUUGCGUAACACCAGGAUUCAUCUUGAGGUUGACAUUUCUCCUUGACCUUUUUGUCUCUAUCCCCACCCCCAAGGUUGCAUUAGCUGCCUGCUGAGUUUAAUCAAGUUGGUUGAGCUCUGGAAAAUCCCUUCUCCUGGUGAUAGCGGGAGGAAGGGAUAAUCAGUCUAUUUCCAGAACCCAAAGUGGGUUAAGAUAGAAAGUAGCUUCAGUCUAGCUGUCAUCCCUCCCCCCGAUCCCCCACCCUCCCUGCUCAAGCUGUUUGGCUCCUGCGAGCCCAUCGUGAGCCCCUCUGGAGGGAGACUGAGAGGCCCUUGCCUAAUGCUGAGAACUGCUGAAGCUACCAUUCCGUCCGCCUCAGCACUAAUCCAGUUACCACUCUGCUCCUUCAAUGGGAUUUGGCUUCUAGACACUGAGAUGUGGGUGCGGGGCACCCUCUCCCAGUUCCCUACAAAUCCCCCUGAGCGGUCAGCCAGGGCCCGUGUGGAGUUGUCUGGGUAGACGGAACAGGGGUUGGCUGUCUGCUUACCCUGGAGGGCACACACACCUUCUCCCCACCUCCUGGGCCCUCCCGGCUGGUCGCACAAGCCCUGUAACACCUGACGUACACCCUAAAGUGGAAGAAACUGCCGGGGACAGUUAACACGGCAGCCAGUAUGAAGGCCAAUAAGCCCGCACCAAACCACGUUAUCUUCAAGAAGAUCUCCCGUGAUAAAUCGGUGACCAUCUACCUGGGGAAGAGAGAUUACAUAGACCACGUUGAACGAGUAGAGCCUGUGGAUGGUGUCGUGCUGGUGGAUCCUGAGCUCGUGAAGGGCAAGAGAGUGUAUGUGUCUCUGACGUGUGCCUUCCGCUACGGCCAGGAAGACAUCGAUGUGAUUGGCCUCAGCUUCCGCAGGGACCUCUACUUCUCCCAGGUCCAGGUGUUCCCUCCCGUGGGGGCCUCGGGCGCCACCACGAGGCUGCAGGAGAGCCUCAUCAAGAAGCUGGGGGCCAACACCUACCCCUUCCUGCUCACGUUUCCUGACUACUUGCCCUGCUCGGUGAUGCUGCAGCCAGCUCCGCAAGAUGUGGGCAAGAGCUGUGGGGUCGACUUUGAGAUCAAAGCAUUCGCCACGCACAGCACAGAUGUGGAAGAGGACAAAAUUCCCAAGAAGAGCUCCGUGCGUUUGCUGAUCCGGAAGGUACAGCACGCGCCACGCGAUAUGGGUCCCCAGCCCCGAGCCGAGGCCUCCUGGCAGUUCUUCAUGUCGGACAAGCCCCUGCGCCUCACCGUCUCGCUCAGCAAAGAGAUCUAUUACCACGGGGAACCCAUUCCUGUGACCGUGGCCGUGACCAACAGCACAGAGAAGACAGUGAAGAAGAUUAAAGUGCUAGUGGAGCAAGUGGCCAACGUGGUUCUCUACUCGAGUGAUUAUUACAUCAAGCCGGUGGCUGCAGAGGAAACACAGGAAAAAGUGCCGCCAAACAGCUCGCUGACCAAGACGCUGACGCUGGUGCCCUUGCUGGCCAACAACCGUGAGAGAAGGGGCAUCGCCCUGGACGGGAAGAUCAAGCACGAGGACACGAACCUGGCCUCCAGCACCAUCAUAAAGGAGGGAAUAGACAAGACCGUCAUGGGGAUCCUGGUGUCUUACCAGAUCAAGGUGAAGCUCACGGUGUCAGGCCUUCUGGGAGAGCUCACCUCCAGUGAAGUGGCCACUGAGGUGCCGUUCCGCCUCAUGCAUCCUCAGCCAGAGGACCCAGAUACCGCCAAGGAAAGUGCCUGACUUAGGCUUUGAUUGCCGAGGCAUCCACUUCAAAGAGGCAUCCGCUCCAGUGAUGGCUAUCUUGAAUAAACACAUUGCCAGCCACAGGACUAGGCCGGCUCUCCCCACUGAGGCGCCUCUGUUUUAGAGAUUUCGGUUGAUUUCAGUAGCAGAUCCUUCGAGCCACUUGUUCUUUUGUCUUGGUACGCUUUAAAUUCCCCUCUCUUUGUUUUAAAACUCACCAAUAAAGACUGAGCCCUCGAAAUUCUAGACCCUUCCCCCCCGGCCUCGACCCCAAUAAAGGCAGAGUGCCCCAGGCCCGUGCCCCUGAGCUCUCGUUAUCCACGACUUUGCUGUGUGGUCCCAGGUGUGCUGUGUACCUUCCAGGUCCUGUAAGUAAUAAACCUUUAUUUUCUCAAAGUUUCCGGAUGGUUAUUGCUGAAGGGUGUCUUGCAAUCCUAACAGGAACCACGAGGGCCAGGCCAGCCACAGCAGUGGUUAUUGAUAGGCUAAGACCUGCACAAAAUAAGCACUCACCCUCUUGGGGGGGGUUCUUUCUGUAGACGCCCCACGCUCUCAACACUGGCACAUGCCCUGGCUUUCCUUUUGCUCCCUACUAUUAGGGCAUGCACACAUGUGGACACACGCACGCAUGUGCACGCACGCACGCACACAGUUAUCCCAAGCAUGUAUGUGUGCUGUGUGGGUUCCUUCAUUGUUUCAUAUUUUUGUUUGCUAAAGCGAUUUUACACGGAAAGCUAGGAGGAGGACGGCCUUGUCCCCCGUUGCAUCAGUGGGAGAAUCUUGACGGGUUCCUCUUGCAAAAGGAAGAUCAAGGACCUUGUUUUUCCACCAGAUUUCAUCGCAAGCACCAAAGAACAUGCCUUGAUCAAAAUGUUCUU